AUGGCACCCAUCGUUCACAUCAUCGAUCCAGAUCCGGAUACAGUCAUUGUGCUCAAGAAUCCGUGUACGAUCUUCGCGCGCUGGAAGCCGCAACUAGGACAGCAGCCAAACGAUGUCGACGACUGGGGUUCAGCUGCAAGGAGGAUUAUCAAGAAAACGAAGAAGAAGGGGAAGAAGGCUCCGCCACCUCCUCCAUCUCCACCUCCAGAACCUCCAUCUACCGAGAGCGCUGGAGACGGCAGUAUGCUUCCUUUAGAUAAUGGGUCUACCGCGCCUGCGGAGGCUUCAUCUGCCAUGCAGCAUACACCGCCACCAAUUGCACCGGAAGAGCCUGGAGAGCUUGAAGAGCAGUCAAUACACUAUCAUGUGUCCUCGCGCCACUUGAUGCUCGCAUCCUCCACGUUCAAGCGAAUGCUGGCACAAGACGGCUUCGCCGAAUCUGUGCGCAACGAAGUCGAUGGCCUUUACCACAUAGUGGCUCACGACUGGGACCCUGAAGCAUUUCUCAUCGUCUUGCGGAUCGUCCAUGGACGCAACAAGCAGGUUCCACGUGAAGUGACGCUCGAAAUGCUGGCCAAAAUCGCUGUUCUGGAGGAUUACUACAACUUCGAAGAAUCUCUCGAUGUGUUCACUGAAGUAUGGGUUCAAUCCCUCACAAAGACAUCUAUACCUACAAUAUAUUGCAGAGACUUGGUGUUAUGGGUUUGGGUCGCAUGGAUCUUCGACGUUGAGCAACAAUUCACCCAAGCUACCGACACUGUUAUCAGACAAACCAUAUACGACCUAGUGGCGAAACAGGGGUCCAAUGUCCGAUGCCAGAAGUCGGGAGUGACAUGUCGACGAUCAUUCGAGCUGCAAACUUCCCUGAACUUCGACAAUGCCACGAUGAGCGAAAGCCAGAAGCUCCUGCAUGAGCAUCCUUCUGACAGCGACUCAGAACCCGAACACGAGCGCAAAGCAAGCCCGCGACACCUGUCUCCAUCGCCCUCGUCAUCGCGAACCACCUCCGCGUCUCCAGCACCACCCGGGUCACGCCCAAAUGGCAACAUUAAGCGGCAGUCGUCGUUCGCACAAGCCCGGCCUGAUGGCGCACCGAGAACGCCCAAUCGGGUGCGCUUCGAGGAACCCAGGAGGAGCAUGAAUGGGGACAACAAUGGCGGCGACGACUGGCUUGAGCUAGAUGGAGACGACUACUUGGAUGGCGGCGAUGGGCGAGAAAGAACGCAGCGACUUCCUCUGCUCACUGGAAUCGAGGCGCCGAGCGUCACAGUUGCGGAAGAAUCCUUCAAUCCGGAAGACCAUCUCGAGAAUGCGCGACCACGGAGCGGGAUGCGAAGCGCGUUCAUGAACAUGGCAAACAGUAUAAUAGGAGCUGGUAUCAUCGGCCAACCCUACGCUGUUCGCAACGCAGGCCUCGUGACAGGCACCGCCCUCCUCAUCGGCCUUACCAUCGUGGUAGACUGGACCAUACGACUCAUCGUCAUAAACUCCAAGCUCAGCGGCACCGACUCGUUCCAAGCCACGCUGGCCAAAGCAAGUGGUCUAGCACUGGUCAGUAUGACCAUCAUCAUAGUGACCGUAGUCACGCAAGCCUUCCGCGUACCCGCCGAACUGAAGGGCCAACUUCGCGGUAACCUCAUCAUCCGACCCGGCAUCUUCGAAGCAAUUGGCGUAAUCGCGUUCGCCUUCGUCUGCCACCACAACAGCCUCCUCAUCUACGGCUCCCUCCGCAAACCUACGAUCGAUCGAUUUACACGCGUUACACACUACAGCACCAGUAUAUCUUUAGUCGCAUGUCUUGUCAUGGCUCUAACAGGCUACUUGACCUUCGGAGACAAAACCCUCGGCAACGUGCUGAAUAACUUUCCGAACGAUAACCUUAUGGUCAAUAUUGCGCGACUGUGUUUCGGCCUCAACAUGCUUACUACGCUUCCGCUCGAAGCCUUUGUAUGUCGAGAAGUCAUGACCAACUAUUGGUUUCCAGACGAGCCGUACCACCCGAACCGCCAUCUCAUCUUCACGACCUCGCUCGUCGUCUCCGCCCUCACACUCUCCCUCCUCACCUGCGAUCUCGGUAUAGUGUUCGAGUUGUUUGGCGCAACAUCUGCAUGCGCAUUAGCAUUCAUCCUGCCGCCUCUUUGCUACAUGAAGCUGAGCCAAAGAAGCUGGAAGACGUACUUGGCUGGGGCUGUUGCGGCAUUUGGAGGUAUCGUUAUGGUCAUCAGCAUCAUUAAGACGACGAGCAAAACGAUGAUGGGUAACGGUGAAGGGGCCAAAUGUAGUUGA